CAGUCUUUACUAAACAGGUAAAUGAGGUGGAAAGUUAUUGUGACAUUUCCUCACAUUUAAUAUCAUAUUGACUUUGUGUUUUAUGAAUCCCUCAGAGGAAGUCCAAGAUUUCAUCAGGACGUCGGCUUGGGUUGAAGAUCAAGAUGCUAAACGUAGCGCAGGACAUGCUCAUGGCAGAGAAAGAAGAAAAGAAGAAAGAGAGGGAGGUCGCACUGAGUGAGAGGAUUCCACCUUUAAAGCUCACGGGUCUGUCUGUGAAGGAACUGCAGGAUCUUUGCAGGGAUUUGCAUCACAAGAUUGAUGUAAUUGAUGAGGAGCGCUAUGAUAUUGAUGUUAAGGUGUCCAAGAAUGAGAAAGAGAUCGAAGAAAUGACCCGGAAAAUUAUCGAGUUGAAGGGCAAGAUGAAGAGGCCUAUUCUGAAGAGAGUGAAGAUCUCAGCUGAGGCUAUGCUCAGCGUCCUCCUGGGUUCCAAACACAAAGAGUCCAUCGACUUCAAAGCCAAUCUGAAGACAGUAAAGAAGGAGGAGGAGAAGAAAGAGGAGGUGACUGACUGGCGUAAGAACGUGGAGGCCAUGUCUGGUAUGGAGGGCAGGAAGAAGCUGUUUAAUGCUAGUCACUAAAAGGUCAUCUCAACAAUGACCUGGAUAUUUAGUGAGAGCUGACCGAGAGCUACGUGAAGAUGAUGAUAAAAAGACUAGAUGAAAAGUUUGAAGACAGUGACGAGCUUAAGUACUGACUUCUAUUGUGAUGUGAAAUAAAGUUAUGAAUAUUUUCUUGUCUUAUUUUUUAAGGCAGGCUUUGGUUGAGAAUAGCACGCUUUUAUAAUUAUUUGUGUACACAUGCUGUAUAAUUAAGUGGAAUUGGAAUCCAGUAUAGAGACCUCUUAAAAGUAGAAAUUCAUGUGUGUGCUGCUAUUCUGUAGCAUCUGAUGUUCUCGUACUCUGUAAAAACUAGACACUGCAGUUCCAGUUUCAACCUAAUGAUGGUGGCCUAAACCCACUGAGUAAGUCCUGCAGCCUGUUAGAGUCUGAGGUCUAUUACUGUUCUGUUAAGACGUUAAAAUAAUAGUAACUGAACAGUUUGAGCUUUACGUGUUAGAAAUUGUAAUACUUCUCAUAACAUUGAUUGUAAUGUUCAAGACUAAAGUGAACUGUGUAACUAACCAUGCAAUUAAAAUCUCGUGCUUUUA